UUGGAUACACCGCAGCCCCUAGGACCAGACGGCCAAUUGUCUUGUUGUUCACAUUCUCCUCCUGGAGCAUGGCCAGAGCGCGCCGCGGGUACGGGCAGUGAGACUGAGGCAGAGGCUGUAAUCGCCAGAAACCCAGGAUGCCGGGGGGUAGGGGGGACCGGAGGUGACAGCAGCUGAUUGCAUGGGACAGUGACACAGAUGCAGCAGAUGGCUAUACUCUCCUUGGAUUUGAAUAUUUUUCGCUGAUUGUGCGAAAAGAAGACUGAAGUUAACAUCUUGUUUGUCUUUGGGGACAGUAUUAUCAAAAUGAUUGGGAAACUAAAGCAAAACCUACUAUUGGCUUGUCUUGUGAUUAGUUCUGUGACUGUAUUUUACUUAGGACAACAUGCUAUGGAAUGCCACCAUCGAAUAGAGGAACGGAGUCAGCCUGUUAAAAUAGAGAAUGUUAAAGCAACAUUAAGAACUGAUCUCAAAUCCAACGCUAGUUUUGUGUAUAAUAAGGACAUGCCAUUAAUAUUUAUUGGAGGCGUACCCCGCAGUGGCACUACACUUAUGCGUGCCAUGUUGGAUGCACAUCCUGAAAUCCGUUGUGGAGAAGAAACCAGGGUCAUACCUCGAAUUCUGGCAGUGAAACAAAUGUGGGCACGAUCAAGUAAAGAAAAAAUUCGUUUAGAUGAAGCUGGUGUUACAGAUGAAGUGUUGGACUCUGCUAUGCAGGCUUUUUUAUUGGAAAUAAUCGUUAAACAUGGAGAACCUGCUCCCUACCUGUGCAAUAAGGAUCCAUUUGCUUUAAAAUCAUUGUCCUACUUAGCCAAAAUUUUUCCUAAUGCCAAAUUUCUUCUGAUGGUACGGGAUGGACGUGCCUCUGUGCAUUCAAUGAUUUCUAGAAAAGUCACUAUUGCUGGAUUUGAUCUUAAUAGCUAUAGAGAUUGCUUGACUAAGUGGAAUCGUGCAAUAGAGACAAUGUAUAAUCAAUGUAUGGAAGUUGGAUAUGAUAGGUGUAUGUUAGUACAUUAUGAACAGCUAGUUUUGCAUCCUGAACGAUGGAUGAGGACGCUUUUGAAAUUUCUUCUUAUUCCCUGGAAUGAUGCUGUACUGCACCAUGAAGAGAUGAUUGGAAAAGCAGGUGGUGUGUCCUUGUCUAAAGUGGAAAGGUCAACAGACCAAGUCAUCAAACCAGUAAAUCUUGAAGCUUUAUCCAAAUGGGUUGGGAAAAUACCUGCAGAUGUUUUAAGGGACAUGCCAGUGAUUGCACCAAUGUUAGCAAAACUGGGAUAUGAUCCAUAUGCUAAUCCACCUAAUUAUGGAAAGCCAGAUCAGAAGGUACUUGACAAUACAAGACGCGUUUAUAAAGGUGAAUUUCAACUCCCUGAUUUCUUGAGAGAGGUACCUCAGCCAAAGAAGACAAAAGAAGAAAAAUCCUGAGACGGAACCUGUGAACUAGUGAAACUAAAAGCGUAUCGAGGACUAGUCCUCCUCCACCGGGAAUAUAUCUGAUGCCAAUUUCCUUGCUGGUAAAUGGUGUUAUUGUGGCCAUAUCUUGAUCCGUAUUCAUCUCUGACCUGCUGAACACCGCGUAUUGCAACAGGCACAAGUUCACCUGUAGGACACAUCACCUCUAGCAGUGGUGCAGUACAGUUCUAGCCAGCCUUAUUUGUUUUUUAAGUUAACCAAAAAAGUUUGACGUUCUUGUUGAAGAUGCUGUACAAGCUUCAAAUAACCUAACACAUGCAAGCAGUGAACACAUUGGUAAUGUUAGCAGUGCAAUGAAGUUUUAAUGCUUUGCACUGCUUUUUGAUCAAUAAAGUAUUGGAAAUUAAUGUAUUUUCCAUUCAUAUAAAGUAUAAGUAUCUGUAUAUACUUCAGUGUUCAGGCACAUGUUUGUUUUUUCACCAGCAAUGUAAUUAUGUGAUAUAGCUUAUCAUUUAAUGAUAUAUUUGCUAUUAGAAAGAGAAUGAAUUUUAACAUCUGUCUGCUAAGUUGAACCGUUUUUAGGAAUCAUUGACCCUUUAAAGGGACACUAAACCCAAAAUGUUUCUUUCAUGAUUCCGGUAGAGAAUACAAUUUUAAACAGCAUUCCAAUUUACUUCUAUUAUCUAAAUUGUUUCAUUCUUGAGAUAUCCGUUGUUUAAGAAAUAGCCAUGCACAUGUGUGAGCCAAUCACAUGAAGCAUCUAUGUGCAGCACCCAAUCAGCAGCUGCUGCGCCUAUCUAGAUAUGCUUUUCAGCAAAGAAUAUCAAGAGAAUGAAGCAAAUUAGAUAAUAGAAGUAAAUUAGAAAGUUGUUUAAAAUUACAUGCUCUAUCUGAAUCAUGAAAGAAAAAAUGUGGGUUGUAUGUCCCUUUAAUGUCAGCUUCUAUACAAAAAGCACUCAAAUUGUUAGUCUUUAUUUAACAUAAAACAAUUUCAUGUGUUUUGUUGUUUAAUGAUUUAUGUAAAAUAUGUGUAGCUUUGAAGAAUAAGCAGUGUCCUGUGAUGGCAAAGUUCCAUGGUCAGUUGAAUAUACUGUGUGUAAUAGCACACACUCAUACAGUGAUAUACUCAUGUAUUUUGUAAUCCAUACUGUCAUACUGCCUUGCUUUAAAACCUGCACAUGUGUGUGGUAAAUAAACUGUCCCUUUUUAGCCGCAGUGAGUUCUUUUGCAUACCUAUAGAGGAAGCAACUACAGCUGCGUUCCAGCAGUACUAAACAACAGUGUGCAACAAUAAUUCAGUUGUAUUUGUAGGCUGUUCUUCACAGCUUUAGUUCUGCGUUAGUAAAUUGUCCAUGUGGGCAAAUAUUCAGACAGUAUUUCUACUGAAACCUGAGAAGUGUGACAUUCCAUGCGCUUUCUAUGUCUCAACAGGAUAUCCUGUUAUGAUUACUAUUAACACAAAUUGAAUUUGCUAAGUUGUGACAAAUCAGGGGUUUAAAAAAAAAUGAAACAAUGGAAGGAUGUUUUUUAAAUAGUUAAUUCAGCCUUCUGUAAAAACCAGGCUCGGCCACCAAUGGGCUGAUAAGUUGAAAAAAGACAAAAAAAAUGUUUUUUAAUUAUUUAAUUAAAACUUCCAAAGAAAUAGAAUGGGCUUGGGGGUUUAAGAAAAUAUGUACAUUUUAAAAUGUAUUAACUAUUUUGUAUUUUAUUUUUCAAAAUAAAAGCUUUAAAUGUGA